GGGCAGGGCUGACCCGCUGGGAGGACAGCGCCGCCGCGCCUGGUGGAGGGAGGGGUUCCCGGGAGAAGCGGGAGGCGGCCGGGCCCAGCGGCUUCAAGGGGACGGCGGGAGGGGACGCGGAGCCCCGGUCCCUGCUUGGUGCGGGCCUUGCGGGCCGCCGUCCUGCCCACACCCAACAUGACGCCCGGGCAGCCUCAGUCCGCGCCUUGCCCCACUUCCGGCUCGCGCUGUGCCCCACUUCCGGCGAGUCCGGAGGUGGUGGCCCGGGGCGAUGAGGGGGGCUGGCGGGACGCGGGACCCGGCCGGGCCGGGCUUGGGCGCCUCUAGGCUCUGGGCUGACCCCUUCGUGUGCCCCUGGGGCUGCGUGCUCUACCCGAAUGGCUGGAGCGUCGCGCCCUUCUGUCCCCGGCAUUGCCUGCCCGGCGCCGCCGAGGCCGAGAGUAGCGGGCGGCAGGUACGUGGGGAGCUGGGGGCAGCGGGGGCUGGGGCCGGGAGCCCCGCGGGGGGCAGUGCCGCCUCCCCCGGGCCGGUGCCGCCGCUGCAGCUCCCGGUGCCGCCGCAGACAGCCUUCCGCAUUGUGAACCGCGGCGCGAGUAGGGAAGCGUCCGGGACCGGGGACGACUUCGGCCACGGCCCGGGCUUCUGGUACUCCCCCAGCCGGCUGGAGGAGUCCAGCGAGGAGGAAGAGCAGUAUGAAGAGGAGGAGGAAUGGAUUGGCUUCAGCCAGCACUGGGACGCGUCGAGUGAGAACAGCGACGCCCCCUACAACUUCUGUGGGUUCAAGAAGUCCUUCUUGUGUCAGGAGCCUCUGCCCGCUCAUCCGCUUCCAAGCGCUCUUGAGGUGAAGAUGCACAGGCUGCCUGCACCCUGGAGGCACCAGCUUACAGCUGAGGAAGCAGAGAAGAACGCACAGGAGCUGGUGGCAGAGGAGGAGCGGAUGAAGAGGAAGGCGGAGAAGAAGAAGCUAAAGAAGAAGAAGCAGAAAGACCGGAAGAAACGAGAGAAACUGGGACAAGAGCUGAAAAGCAAGCAGGAGGACGAGUCAAACACCUCAUCCUUGAACAGCGCUGUGGGAGCUGGGCACCCACAAAAGAGCAAUGCUGAGGAAGGGGAGGGUUGGCUGAGCCCCAGCCCCUCCCCAUGCCUUGGGGACAGUGCAGCUUCCUCGGGAGAGGAGGGAAGAGGCCAGGAGGCUAAGGCGGGGGAGAUGGAGGAUGAGCUGGACCUGAGCUGCACCUUCGUCUUCAAAGCCCGUCAGAAAGCGGGCGUGAAGGUGCCGGCACCUGGGAAGGAGAAGCCGGCUAGGACAGACAACACAGAGCCAGGCAAGAGGGUACCGGGGAAGGCACCCGAGCCCGAGCCUGUACCCCUGGACACGAAUGUGGUGCAGCAGAGCCUGAUUCUCGCAGGCCGUGGCAACGAGGCAGCCCAGAAGGGCCACUACGCUGAGGCGGUGCAGGCCUUCACGGAGGCCAUGAAGCUGAACCCCAGGGAGCACCGGCUCUUUGGGAACCGUUCCUACUGCUACGAGAAGCUUCAGCGCUACAAGGAGGCCCUCAGGGAUGCGCAGGUGUCGCUGGGGCUCCAGCCCGGGUGGCCCAAAGGCUUCUUCCGCAAGGGCAAGGCUCUGCAGGGGCUGAAGCGCUAUGCUGAGGCUGCCAGCACUUUCGAGGAGCUGCUGCGCCUGGAUGGUGCCAACGCCGAGGCGGCUGCCCAGCUGGAAGCCUGCCGGGCCCUGCUGCGGCAGAGCAGCCCCCGCAGCCAGAGCAGCUCAGGGGGGGUCCCUGUGUCCCCGUCCCUGCUGGAGGCUGGGGAGCCACCACUGUCUCCCUCUGGGGAGUGGGCGAGUGGGAGCUGCCAGGACACAGACACAAGUGGCUUUGUGACCGUUGUGAGCUCCAGGAGCCAGGCGAGGGGCCAGGGCCAGGCCCCGAGCAGUAGCCAGCAGACACUGCCUCGGACCCAUCCUGCCAGGGACUGCUAUCCCCUCUGGGUGGGGAACAUCACCCCCAGGAUCAGCAAGAAGGUGCUGCAGAGCUCCUUCAGCCCGUUUGGGGAGAUCCGCUUCAUCCGGAUGCUGCCAGAGAGACGUUGUGCCUUCAUCAACUACACACGGAAAGUGGCAGCGGAAGCAGCCUACGUGGCCAUGCAGGAUGCCGAGGUGGAAGGAAGCAGGCUGGUGCUGCAGCUCAAGCACCCCUCCCACGCCACCCCGUCCCCCCGGUGGCACUCGGAGCCCCGCGGUGAGGUGGGUGCCCUCCCCAGGGGGCUCCUGUAGCCAGGGGGGUCUCCCCAGCUACACUGCAGUGGAGCCGGACCCCGCGUGGUGCCUUCCUGCCUGCAUGCUGUGGAGGAGCUGGGCCCCCUCGCUGCACCUUGGAUGGCUGAGAUGGGGCAGUGUGGCUCCCUGCCUGUCCCAUGCCGGGUUGGGUGUGCUGGCAUGGUGCCUGCCAGCUGCACAGCCCUCCUGCCAUGGAGUUAUCAGCCACUGUGGACAUUGACCCCCAACCAGAGGAGCCUGCUCCUUCCUGCCUGAGCCUGGGGCCUGCCUGCUCUGCCCCCCCAGGGGCCUGGACCAUGAGCGGUGGCUCCUGGCCCCACCCUGGGCUUUGGUGCCCAGCAAAGGAGGAGCCGGGGCACCCGGUGCCAGGUGCCUUCUGCUGGACAGGGGGUCUUGGGGUGGGGGCUGGCAGCGGGACCCCUACCCUGCCCCCCCCCUCCCCUGCUACCGUGGCUCCUGGGGCCUCUGCAGGGGCCUCAGCCUGCUUUUGCCCUGCCUGUGCCUUGCCCUUGGGGGACCUGCCCCCCUCCUGCCCCCUCUGUGGGUGGGGGUCCCCCUUGCUCCUAGUGCCUCAAGGGGCUGCGCCUUGUGGGGCUGCCCCUGGCAGGGGGCUGUGCUGUCACCCCCCCCCUGUCCUGUCACCCCCCCUCCCCUCCUGUCCCAGCCCUACCCAGGGGACACCUGCGUCCUGCCUCCUCCCAAGUCCCGUGGGGCUGGAGGCCACAGUGGGUCGGUGCCCACCCUGGAGCGCCUCAUGCCAGGGGGAGUUGGGCCGCAGGCAGCAGCAUGGGGCUGUGUCUGGGGACAGCCAUCACCCUCACCUCCUUCAGGGAUUUUGUACCUGAUUUGGGUUUUUCUGAAUAAAACUGCGAGUCAGCGGCA